UUGAUUAUUGGAAAACACCUCAACACGAUACAAAAAUUAACGGUGAAAAUUGAUCACUACUGGAUCAGUUGGUCAACCUAUCCCAUUACUAUCAACAUUCAUCAGUAAUAUUACAGUACUAACAAGUCAACUGUGUCGAUAAAUAAAUUGGAGUGUCAGUUGGCCCAGGAUCAAAAGCACAAAUUGGGUGAAAAAUCCGGUGGCGUUGAUCGCACUGACCCAUUUUAAAAAUCACCUCGGAAUACAUAGAAUUUAUAUCCAUCAAUAUUAACAAUGGAGGCUCUCAUCCCAGUGAUCAACAAACUGCAGGAUGUUUUUAACACAAUCGGCGCAGAUGUUAUUCAAUUGCCGCAAAUUGUCGUUCUCGGUACACAGAGCUCCGGCAAAUCAUCGGUAAUCGAGAGCCUCGUGGGUCAUUCCUUUUUGCCCCGAGGUACAGGUAUCGUUACGAGACGUCCGUUAAUUCUGCAACUUGUCUAUACACCCAAGGAUGAUCGUGAACAUCGUACAGCGGAGGAUGGAACCUUGGAUAUUGAGGAAUGGGGUGUUUUUCUUCACGCUAAAAAUCGUAUAUUUAAAAAUUUUGAUGAUAUUCGUAAGGAAAUUGAAGCUGAGACUGAUCGUAUGGCUGGUGGUAACAAGGGAAUUUGCCCUGAGCCCAUAAAUCUUAAAAUUUACUCAUCGAAAGUAGUAAAUUUAACACUAAUUGACCUCCCUGGAAUAACAAAAGUACCAGUGGGUGAUCAGCCUGAGGAUAUAGAAACACAAAUUCGUAAUUUGGUUUUAAAAUACAUUUGUAAUCCAAACUCGAUGAUUCUAGCUGUUGUGACUGCCAACACAGAUAUGGCAACAAGUGAAAGUUUGAAAUUGAGUAAGGAUGUUGAUCCUGAUGGUAGAAGAACACUGGCUGUUGUCACGAAGAUGGAUUUGAUGGAUGCUGGAACAGAUGCCAUUGACAUUCUCUGCGGAAGAGUUAUUCCUGUGAAAUUGGGAAUUGUUGGUGUUGUUAAUCGCUCUCAACAGGACAUUAUGAAUAACAAAACUAUUCAAGAGGCCUUGAAGGACGAGGCAGCAUUUUUACAACGCAAAUAUCCAACUUUAGCCAGCAGAAAUGGAACUCCAUACCUCACUAAGACACUUAAUCGUUUGUUGAUGCAUCAUAUUAGAGAUUGCCUCCCUGAGCUCAAGACCAGGGUGAAUGUCAUGGUAUCGCAGUACCAAAUUCUCUUAAAUUCUUAUGGCGAAGAUGUUUCAGACAAGAGUCAGACGCUACUUCAGAUAAUAACGAAAUUUGCUAGCUCUUAUUGCUCGACGAUUGAAGGAACAGCGAGGAAUAUUGAGACUACCGAGCUCUGCGGAGGCGCCAGAAUUGGCUACAUAUUCCACGAGACAUUUGGAAAGACAUUGGACUCGAUUCAUCCCCUCGCUGGACUAACCAAAAUGGAUAUUCUUACCGCAAUUAGAAAUGCCACAGGACCAAGACCCGCUCUGUUUGUUCCUGAAGUGUCAUUCGAGCUUCUGGUUAAGAGGCAAAUUCGGAGAAUGGAAGAGCCCUCCUUGAGGUGUGUUGAACUGGUGCACGAGGAAAUGCAGGGAAUUAUUCAACAUUGUGGUACAGAAGUUCAUCAGGAGAUGCUCAGAUUCCCAAAAUUGUACGAGAAAAUUGUUGAUGUUGUUACACAUCUUCUUCGUAGACGAUUACCAACCACUAAUGCAAUGGUGGAGAAUCUCGUAGCUAUUGAACUUGCCUAUAUCAACACCAAGCAUCCAGAUUUUCAUAAAGAUGCAGCGCUCGUUUCUUCUUUGCUCAAAAAUACUAAUGAGUCUCAUGGAAAGAAUAUCAAUUCAAAAGAUGAUUUCACAGUAUUCAAUGAUCAGGGUAAGGAGCAACAGAAUCACCGGCUGUUGAGUAAUUUUUUGUCACACGGAAAAUCUGACUCAGCGAGCACAGGUGAAAGCUCACCUGUGAGAAAUCGAGAGGGAGCAACAUCUCCUUAUCCGAAUAAUUUGGGGAAUAACGCAGUUGGUCUGGAGCAAUUGACUACACCGACACAACAAAAGCCAGUCAAUUUGCUAUCUGAAGUGCCCAUGCAGACUGGCAGAAAACUCAGUGAACGAGAACAGCGGGAUUGUGAUGUCAUUGAGAGGCUCAUCAAAUCGUACUUCUACAUCGUUCGUAAAUCAAUUCAAGAUAGUGUACCGAAAGCUGUGAUGCAUUUCCUCGUUAAUUACGUGAAAGACAACUUGCAGAGUGAACUUGUUACGCACUUGUAUAAAUCUGAUCAUGCAGAAGCACUUUUGAAUGAAAGUGAGCACAUUGCAGUGAGACGCAAAGAAGCCGCGGAUAUGCUCAAGGCACUCACACAAGCUGGUCACAUUAUAAGUGAAAUAAGGGAGACACACAUGUGGUAAUAAAGAGACGUCAGUGUUGAAGUGUGUUGCCACUUUGCUGCUAGUCAUGGGCUAGGUAUUAUCAUGAAACACAAAAAUAAUGACACUGUCUGCAAACUUUAAGUAAGACUUGAGAUUAAUACUAAAUAAAUUGAAAAACAAAAUGCAAAUGCGAAUUUAGCAAUUUGCACUUAUGUUGUUGGAUUCGGCUCAUAUUUCAUUUUUAGUGAUCAUGGAUAAGACCAAGAACAAGAACAAGUACAUAUUUUUAAGUUUAUUUGCUUCUUUUCUCUUGUUUUUAUUACAUUUUGUUUUACCAUUAAAGAGAACUCAAAUGAUGGAGAAUAAACAAAAAACUGAACACUA